AUGCGCUCCGAUUCAGGAGAAGUCCAGUACGACGGCUUCGAGUACAACUGGAUGUUCCGGCAACACAACUGGCGUGCCCAGGUUGGCUCAUUCAACGCCGGUGGUUGGGUCAGGAGGCGUCGCUGGAUUCGUCUUAUGGUCCGCCCUGCCAAGCCACGCAAGGCAGACAACGAUGGUUUCGAAACGCCAUCGACGACCAGUUUCAAAGCCCCAGAACCCAAGAGGCAUCGUCACUCCAUGGCCUCAUCGUUCCCGCCUUCCAUUGGAACGGGUGGUACAAACGUUACCGACCAAUGGACACAACUCGACCCUGAUGACGUAUGGCUCGGAGGUGACGUUGAGGCGGACUGGCAGCGCUGUCGCGCCGUCAUGAAGCGCAUUGGUCGAGACGGUCGUAAAUUGGACCUGUGGCGCCUUUGGCUCGGUUUCCAUCACCCCGAACAUAAAGACAAAUUUGUCGACGAUGAACCCGCCAGGAGAAGGGAGAAACAAUGGACAGAAGACGACGAGCCUUUACCUUCUGAAGUUGUAGCCGCCGAUAUCCUAUCUAGAGAAACUAUUGCAAUGGUCCCCAAGCAUCACGUUACAGCCGUUCUCCGCGAGCAUGGUCAGCAAAUCCUUCAUCUCUUCGUGUUCCCAGACUCGCGGGCUCAGUUCCUGAAGUUGCUUGGUCACGCCGGUCUUCUUCCUGAAGUGAACAUCGGUCUUGGGAUUGGAUUCGGCUCGACAGAAGUCGAAUUUUGGAGUUAUGCGAGCGGUCUAGGAGAACUGGAUGGCGCAGACAAAUUGCUGACAACCAGCGCGUCAGCUGCCCGGCUGGGUUCCGAAAGCCCCUCCAAACGAUCCCUGGCAGCCGCAUAG